AUGGCCGACAAACUCCGCACCCUCCAAAACCUCGAAGCAAUGCAAGCCCGGUACGUGGGCACAGGGCACGCCGACACAACCAAGCACGAGUUCCUGUCCAACAUCGCGCGCGACAGCUACGCCAGCUACGUCGGCCAUGCGCCACUGCUGGGGUACAUGGCUGUGGGGAUGGGCGAAAGCAGGGAGAAGGUGCGCGCGGCUAUGAUUGAGAAGAUGGUUAGGGGGGUUGGGGCGCCGCCGGAGACGCAGGAGUAA